AUGGCUGAAAUAGUUCUCUACGACACCGUUGGGAGCAUCAUUAGGAGUUUGGGCUCUCUUGCUCUCCAAGAGAUUGGAGUGUUAUGGGGUUUCAAAGAUGAGCUUCGAAAGCUCGGGGACACCAUUUCCACCAUCCAAGCUGUGCUUUUGGACGCGGAGGAGAAGCAGGCCUACAACCACGCUGUCAAAGAUUGGCUUCGAAAGCUCAAGGAUGCCAUGUAUGACGCCGACGACUUGCUAGAUGACUACUCCACUCAACUUCUACGCCGACAAGUGAUGACACGGGAUAAGAAGAUGGCAAAACAGGUACGCAUCUUCUUUUCCAAAUCGAACCAGCUUGUAUAUGGCUUUAAAAUGGGUCAUAGGAUCAAGGCAGUUAGGGCGAGACUGGAUGAAAUUGCAACUGAUAGGAUCAAAUUUGGUUUCAAUGAGUACACCACAACGACACAGUUUGAGCAUAUGAAAAGACAAGAUACACACUCAUUUGUACAUGGGGAAGAUGUCAUUGGGAGAGAGGAUGAUAAGGAGUCUAUUAAAAAGCUGUUAUUCGAUCCCAAUAUGAAUGAGAAGAAUGUUUCCAUAAUUCCCAUAGUUGGGAUUGGUGGACAAGGAAAAACCACACUUGCACAGUAUGUGUACAACGACGAGGAGGUUCAAAGACAUUUUGACCUGAGGAUGUGGGCAUGUGUCUCUGACCCUUUUGACCUGAAAACUAUCGUUGUAAAGCUCAUAGAAUCUGCGACUAAGGAGAGACCUAAAAGCCUUGAGAUGGAUCCAUUGCAAAGUGAGCUUCGAGCAAAAAUUGAUGGGAAGCGAUAUUUACUUGUUUUAGAUGAUGUGUGGAAUGAGAAUCAUGGUACAUGGUCCAACUUGGAAAAGUUGUUAGUGGGUGGCCUGAGAGGAAGCAAAGUUUUGAUUACUACACGUAGCGAAAAGGUUGCAGAGAUUACAGGUACAGUUUCACCAUAUCCUUUGAGAGGUUUAUCUGAAAACAAUUCUUGGAAUUUAUUUAAGAAAAUGGCAUUUAAAGACGGGGAAGAGCCAAAUAAUCCAAAGCUAGUAGAAAUUGGAAGGGAGAUCAUACAAAAGUGUGCACAAGUUCCUCUUGCUAUAAGGAGCAUUGGGAGUCUAUUAUAUUUCAAAAAUUCAGAAGAUGAUUGGUUGUACUUUAAAAACCAUGAACUUUACAAAAUAACUCAACAAGAAAAUGAUAUUUUUCCAAUACUUAAGUUGAGUUAUGAUCAUCUCCCAUCACACUUGAAGCAAUGUUUUGCCUUUUGUUCGUUGUUCCCAAAAGAUUGUGAAAUUGAAAUGAAGGUGUUGAUUCAGUUAUGGAUAGCUCAAGGCUUUCUUCAUUCAUCAUAUGGAAAUAGGCAUCUUGAAGAUAUUGGUCGCGAAUAUUUUAUGGAUUUGCUUUGGAGGUCGUUUUUCCAAGACGUACAAAGAAAUAUAUUUGGUGAAAUAGAAAAGUGCAAAAUGCAUGACCUUAUUCACGAUCUUGCACAGUCAGUAGCAGGUGAGGAGUGCACAAUUUUAUAUCCAGAUAGAGAAAAAGUAGUUGAAAGAACUCGUCAUGUGGCAUUUCAUUCUUCAAAUUCAUUACCGGAUAUUCCUACUCUUUUGCCCAAGCCUAACAAAAUGAGAACACUUCUUCUAGGCAUUCCAAUACUUCCAACUCUUUGUGAUGAUCUUAACUUGUACAAUGCGGUACUUGAGUUGAAUAAGCCAGUCUCUAAUACACUUAUUUCAAGUUUUAAAUGCUUGCGUGCUUUGAAUUUGAGUCGGUCGAGUAUUCAAAAAGUGCCAAAUUCCAUUGGCAAGUUAGUGCAUUUAAGAUUUCUAGAUCUGUCUAGGAAUGAAGAUAUCAAACUACUCCCCGCUUCUAUAACUAAAUUGCAGAAUUUGCACACACUAAAACUUGAGUAUUGUUUUAAACUUACAGCAUUGCCAGAAGACACUAGAAACUUGAUCAGCCUCAGGCAUCUUGAGUUAGGAGGGUGUAAUAGCUUGACUCAUAUGCCUUAUGGACUAGGAAAGUUGACCGCUCUCCAAACACUGUCGCUAUACAUUUUAGGGCAGAAAAAAAGUUCUCUCCCCAAGACAAAGGGUGGGCUAGGGGACCUGGAUAGUUUAGAUGAGCUGAGAGAAGUAUUGCAGAUCAAGGGUUUAGAGCACUCGAGAUCUUCUCCAUUAGAAGCAAAGGCUGCAAACUUGGAGAGGAAGCGACAUAUUCAAUGGCUGAUGUUAAAGUGGGACCCAGAAUCUAGUGAUGAAAGUGAUAAGGCAAUUGUAAAUGAUGAACAACUGUUGCAAAACCUUCGGCCACACCUAAAUUUGAAAUUCUUAACUAUAGAUGGGUAUGCAGGUGUGACGUUAUCUAGUUGGGUGCCCUCACUCUCAAAUUUGACUGUUAUUGUAAUAGAGAAUUGUAAGUGGCUUCAACAUAUCCCACCAUUCCCUUUGUUGAGGGGUGUUUAUCUUAAAAACUUGAAUGAGUUGGAGUACAUAAGCAAUGAUGGUAGUUACGUGUCCUCUUCUCCCCUCAAAAUUCUCAUACUUAUUAAUUUGCCAAAGUUGAGGGGAUGGCGAAAGAUGUGGGAAACAGAUCAUCUUCCAUUAUUCCCUUCAUUUCCUUCCCUUUCUUAUUUAUGUAUCAAGAAUUGCCCUAUAAUGCCCCUAGCAACAGGGAACAAAACAACACCCUCCUCUUCUUCUCUCCUUUCCGAUCUCUCCAAAUUGAAGCAUCUUUAUCUUGUGGAAUUAGAGCAACUUGAAUAUCUGCCACUAGAGUGGUUGCAAAACCUCACUUCUCUUAAGACCCUUGGGAUUUGGGAUUGUCGUAAAAUGAGAAUAUCAAUUUCUCCACUCUUUCAACAUCUCACCUCACUUGAGAAUCUAUCUAUUCUUCGCUGCAAAGAACUUAUCAACAAUGAGAAUGAAGAUGGCGCACAUGGCCUUGGACCUACAAGAUUUGGUCAUCUAUCUAUCGUAGGCGUUCCAAAUUUGGUUUCUCUCCCAAGAGAGCUUAGAGGUGUUACCACUCUGCAAGGGCUUCAAAUUAUGGAUUGCCCUAGUUUGGUGUCUUUACCGGAGUGGAUAGGCGAUCUCACUUCACUUCAGGAACUUGAAGUCAUAAAUUGUCCCAAUUUAAUAUCAUUGCCCGAAGGUAUGCACCGCGUCACCUCUUUAGGUCGUUUGACAAUUACAAAGUGUCGUUCCUUGGAGGAAAGAUGUGAACAAGGAACAGGAGAGGAUUGGCCAAAGAUUGCUCACGUCCCAAACUUUCAUAAUGGCGGCGAUGGUCAUCUUAAAGAUUGGAAAGCAAGCCAAACUCGCCAAAUGUAUCAGGAAAUAUAUAAGGUUUUACAUAUAGUCGCUUCUUGAGACCUUGCCGACAAUCAGAUUGGUGCAAAGCUCUAGCAUUUAUAAAACAAUUGAAGCACUGCCAUAAAUGGAUUUAAGAUUUGGAGCCAAUUCAAAACUUCUUUAAUCUGCAGCUAUAUGCAUUACGUUGAGAAGUCGGGAAUUUGAGAUGAAAAAAAUAAGCAAAAUCUAUAUGAUCCCCGGAAUAUCAUCUUAAGGAUUGGUCUUUUAAUUAUCACAAGGUGCUGAAAGCUGAAGCAGUAGAUAUUAGACUUGGAGUAGAUCAGGAGGCAUUUGUGAAAAGUGUGCUCCAGGUCACUUGCUGAAUUGCUGAAAAAGAGACAAUUCCUCUUAUAAGUGUUGGCCUGUAACUUUUAUUUGUCUUUGCCCCUGAUCCAAUGUUCCAUCUCCUCUUGCCUUGGAAUUGUAUCCUUUUCACUUAACUCGCUCCUUCCUUGAUCGCCGAAAAAGUCUCAUUUCACAACAGAGGCCAAGAAAUGAGCUUUAAAAUGAAGGUCUUCUUUUUUUCCCUUUUGAAGGAAACCCAGGGAAAGAGGUAGAGCUGGAAGUGGUGCCCCCUCAAGAGUCAUUUGGCGGAGACGUGCAUAAAAAAUCAUCAAUUCAUGAAGUGGACCUGAGAAUCAUUGGGGGGAUUUCUACAAUAUUCUCGGAUAUGUCAACCUCACUUGUACACAAAACAAUGGAAACUAUACAGAGCACUUUCAUGAUAAGGAAGAUCGGGUUUCUUCCACUUGCUUGGCAUUUUAAUCCCAAAAGACAGUGAGAAUGCUUGCUUGUCUUCAAGUGAAAUCGGUUGUUGUGCUCCAAGGGUACUGACUGGAAAUGAAGAUCAUGUUUUUAAUAUCAAUAUUUAUUUGCAGGAAAGCUACGGCUGAAAUAUUGUGUAUGCAGUGCUUGAAAAUUCAGCCUGUUGGGCCAGGUUGCUCAAUUUCUUCUUGUACUAUACAUGGCAAAUUUUAAAAUGAUAAAAG